GGCAAAGGCGAGUCCGCCUGCGCGUGAACAAGUCCUUAGUCCAGCCCAGGGGGAACAACCAGCCUGCAGCACAGGCUAGACCGGCAAGCAGCGCCCGGGCCUCUCCCGGCCACGGCAGCUUUGUAUGUAGCGCCCCCGGCCGGCGCCGUGCGGACGGGUGGAGGGGGCAGCCAUGCUGCAGUGUGCCAGGCGGCGGCUGAGCCUGCAAGUGCUGGGAAGGGAGAGUCGGACGCAGCCCGCGCGCGAGGGGCCGGAGAGGACCGCGUUGGUGCCGCAGUGCGGGAGGAGGCGGGCGAGCUGGUUCCGGGCGCUGCUGGGCAGGGAAGUGUUUGAGGCUAGCGAUCGCUUAGGGGCACAGCGCACCCGGGAGCGGGGUUCUCGUCCCCUGCCUUCCGCCCAUCGCCUCCGGGCGGUCAGAGCGGUGUGUUCCGGCUCGCCCCGGGAUGGAGGUGGGGCCGAGUCGGAAGAGCAGGUCAGUGCCGCUGCAUCGCGUGUAGCCGACUCCCCCCAGGCGGCUGCAUCGCAGGCGGACCCGGGUCAGGUGCUGAGGAGCCGGAGGAGGCGAGCCUGGGAAAGGGCCCUGUCUCCUCUGGAAAGAGUGAGCCGACUGCUACCAGAGGAGUUGCUCUCGGAAGAGAUCAGGGACCUACGGCGCGCAGACCAGGGGGAAACAAGGCAGGAGGACAGCAGUGAAUCUCACCUCCAGCUGCCUGCUGCCAGUAGGUCUUCCCCCGCACAACUGCAGAGGGAUGAAGACAAGACGCCUGUUGACACCCAUAACACAUCGGCUAAAGAUAUGCCUUUCCAAGCCGGGGACUUGAUUUUAGCAGAGUUUCGCAGAAAAACCUACACGGAGUUUAAACAUAUGCAUAAUCUGACAGCUGUCGGGAAAUUGAAUAGCAAUUGGGGAGCUAUUAGCCACCUGGAGAUAAUAGGCAAACUACCGGGCCAAAUGUUUAGGACUUCUAGUGGGUUUCAGUUCCUGAUAAGGAGACCAGCCUUAGAAGAUUUUGUGUUGUUGAUGAAGAGAGGACCUACUAUUUCGUAUCCAAAGGAUAUUAAUGCAAUGCUGAUGAUGAUGGAUAUCAACCAGGGAGACACUGUGGUGGAAACUGGUACUGGGUCUGGUGGGAUGAGCUUGUUUCUAUCAAGAGCAGUUGGACCUCGAGGACGUGUUAUAAGUUAUGAAAUCAGAAAAGAUCACCAUGCUGUAGCCAAGAAGAAUUACAGGCGCUGGCGUGAUGCAUGGGAAAUAGGACAUGCAGAAGAGUGGCCAGACAACGUGGAUUUCAUUAAUAAAGAUAUUUUAACAGCUGCUGAGGAUAUGAAAUCUAUAACAUUUGAUGCAGUAGCUCUGGAUAUGCUUAACCCUCAGAUUGCUUUGCCUGUUGUGUAUCCAAACCUUAAGCAAGGUGGCGUGUGUGCUGUAUACCUAGCAAAUAUCACACAGGUUAUUGAUCUGUUGGAAGGAAUACGGACCUGCAAUUUCUCUCUUUUAUGUGAAAGGAUCAUUGAGGUGACUCACAAAGAUUGGUUGGUACUCCCUGCUAAGCAGAAGGAUGGCAGGUUAGCCCCAAGAGUGGAACCUCAACAAAUUGUAGAUGAGGAACCUCAACCAAAAGAAGAUGAAGAACUUCCUAUUCGGGAUCAAGCAGUAAUUGGAGAAAGUGACGAUGUUGCAGAAUCGCUUUCUGAUUAUGUCAAACCAUAUGGUUCAGUGCCUUACAUUGCUAGACCUUACCCUUGGCAAACUGGUCACACAGUAUUUCUCAUCAAGCUGAGGAAAUAUAAAGUGGCAUAUCAAGACACUGCUCCAGAUGGCAGCUGCUAAUUUGAGUACUGUACUUUGCCAGAAUAAAAUUAAAUGUUGUUGUAAAUGGCUGUUUAAUUUUGUAGACUUGUAAAUUUUUUUAAAUUACUACUUUGAUUUAUAUUGAAUGUAUAUUUUUAUAUUCCAUGUACAAUCUAAAGAAGGGACGCUAAUGAAAUAGUGAACUAUGGUACAGAUAUGCAAUACCAUUAGAAACAAACAUUUUAUAAUUGAUCUUGCAAUGAGUUUGGUAUUCUGAGCUGUGUCUAAUAACUCUGGUCAAACAUUUCAUUCUUCAUUUCCUGUAAACCAAUCCAUGGAUUUGUCUUGAUUCAUGCAGCUAAUCUUUCUCCCUUUGGUGGAUAGACUGUUGCAAUCUACCAGAAAUAAUAAUAGAAAAAAAAAAGAGAAGGUAAGAAUACAAUAGACCAAAUUCUGCCUUCUGCUACAGAUUCAGUUCCUGUUUGCAUUGUUAUGUACCAAUCAAUACUGAUCACCUUUGUUAGGAGCAAAAUAUGUUUGCACAAUUCUACACUGAGUCAUUAGGAAAUGCAAUUCACAGAAUUUUGACCCUAUUAUAUAUACUUAUUUACCUCAAGGCACUGUUUACACAAAGAAAAAGACCAGUUAUUGACAAGAUUUUCCUUGCUAUACCUCUGUCAAUCAGGGCUGAAGAUUGUUUGGCUGAUAGUGGUCAGAUCAUUUUCAACACCAUUACAGAAAGCAUGUCUACUAUUUGUUGGAGGGAGAAGAGGAGGGAUGGUACUGUGGACAAAGCAAAGGACUGAAGAGUCAGGAGUUCUAGUUUUAAUCCCAUCCCUGUAAUGUACUUCUUAUGUAGUUUUGGAAAAAUCUGUGCCUGAGUUUCUUCCUAAUUAAAAUGGAUAUGCUAAAA